UUGUUUUAACUAUUUAUUGUUUAUCAUAAUAUUUAUUGAUAACAACAAUAUAAUGGGUCAACUCCAGUCGACAACUAAUGUUUGGCUAACAGUUAGUCCAUUGAUUGAUAAGACAGUCCAACGACAGCUGGAAAUUCAUUGGCAAAAUGCGCCGAAAAAUAAUAAUCAAAACGAUUGGUUGGGUAUCUAUACUACCGAUCCCAUGGACGACAGUCACGCUAUAUAUAAAGUUAUGGUCGAUCAACGUAUAAAUGGUGAUAAUUUGACAAACAUACAGUUCCCAUAUCGUAACUUUCCUACUGGUAAACUAACCCAGGAGUGUCUCGGUUAUUAUGUUGCUUAUGUACACAACAAUUUGAUUUUUGCUAAAAAUUGUAUGAAAAACAAUCCGUUUUGGAUGGAAAAUAAUUUGCCGAUUAUCGGUGACCGGCCACUGACCGCAUUGGUCAUACCGGGUACUCACGAUUCGGGUAGUUAUGAAAAAUAUGAUCCAAAAACAAAAGAUGUAUUAAAAGGUUUUGUUAUAACACAAGAUGAGAGUCUAUACAAUCAAUUGGUUUACGGUAUCCGAUAUUUGGAUCUACGGGUCGGCUAUUAUAAUGUUACCGACAGUGAUGUUGAUGGCGGCGGCGGCGGCCGCGGCGGUGACAGCGAUAAACUAUGGAUAGUCCACGACUUGUAUCGUACGGAUGUGACACUGAGGUCAGCCCUGGAACAGAUCAGAGAGUUUCUGGAGUCGGCACCCAAAGAGAUAGUCAUUGUUGACUUUCAUCGGUUUGUCAAUGGGUUUACUGAUGAAAAAGAUGUCGAUAUAUUGAAGUCAAGAUUUCGUGAAUGGUUUGAUUUAGUUAGCGGUCAGCUCAGGGAUCUGAUGAUACCGUUCAGUCUAGGCUAUGGUGUAACUGUCAAUGAGCUGAUCCGUCAAAACAAACGUGUUUUGGUAGGGUUUGACAUGAAUUCACGUAAAUACCUGUUCAGUGAACUACUGUGGCCUAACGUCCGGCACCAAUGGGCCCAAACAGAUAGUAUGGACCAGUUGGUCAAGUAUUUUGAUCGGACCCUAUGUCCAGAUAAUAGGCAUACCUUACGGUCGGCAAUGGCUGAACUGACACCGACUAUUGAAGGUAUUAUCAAAUUAAAGUAUAAAUCGUUGCGAUCGUUGGCACAGUUGACCAACAGUAGGUAUGGCCAGUGGUUUGGCCAACGAUGGCCCGGCCAGUGUCUGAAUGUAGUGGCCAGUGAUUUUUUUCUCAGUACCAAUAUUGUUGAGCUGGCACUUGACCUAAAUCGUAGGACAGGUAGAUAUAGUAAUAGAUUUUUUCCGUGA